UAAUAUAAUCACGCAGUCCAGCUUAUCCUAAAGUUUUUAUUUUAUCACGUCUGUGAAACCUUUUGGUAGGACCUGUUCAGAAUGAAGGUAUAUAAAGAGCACAUCUAGAAGACCAAAAGUUAUCUAUACAUUAGGAUCACCACCACAUUUCGAGCACAUCAUGAUCUACGGGUUUCUGUUUGUCGCAGUAUUUGCUGCAUCUUCCAAUGCAUUCUCCAUCCAUAUGGGAAACAUAGAAGAGAAGCUCCGACUUCUGAAUCCGACAUUCAUGAUGAUGGAACAACUUUUCAACCUACAAGACGAAACCAAGUGCAUUGAGAGGUUGUUCUGUCUGAUGGAAACCGAGGUGGCUGAAGACACGAAGAACCCUCUGAAGCAUUACUCCAGAUACCUGACAAAUUUUUACAAUGAUAUUGAACCAUUGGCAUUUGAAAAGGUCAAGACACUCCUCGCCAAGUAUCCUCACAUUUCAAAGGCCAUCGAUGCGAUUGCUCUUGGUCAAGCCACUGGUAGCAGUGAAUCAUGCAACAAGAAAUUUGAAGAGUGCCCAAACGAACAGAGCGAGCUCGUAACGUUUGCGAAGAUGGUGGGAGACGAUGUUAUGAGUAAGAACAUCCCAGCAUUGUUAGGCAAAAGUAAACGCGGCACCGGGGAUGCAGUCUGCAAGGGUUCUGGAAUUACUUGCGGUUUGGUUGGAGGUGGUUGUGCCAUUUGCACCGUUGCAACUGAAGGAGCAUGUGGAGUUCUAUGCGGACCGGAAGUCGCCGCUGCCUGCGCUGGGGCUGGUAUCGGAUGUUCCGUUGGUAGAUAAAUUGUUGAAUUUUGUUACUUGUUCGGUAAAUAAACGAACUGAAGU